AUGGCUAGUCAAACCCUCAACUCGGGUGUCAUCUCCAAUAUCACUGCCAAAGAGAAGGAGAUUACCGGUGCAGAUGGUCCUGUCAAAGGAGGCCCCACGGCCCAGGCCCAGAAGCAUGCAAACCAGAGAAUAACACCCCAAGCUGUUUCCGACAUCACUGAGGGAGAGAAGCGCGUGACUGGAAAAGACUCCCCGAUCGCGGGUGGUCCAGCUGGCGUGGCCCAGAGCAUUGAAACCUCUGCUUCCCAGAACAACUCUACACCUAGUGGCACACUCGACUCUGCCACCAUCUCGCACAUCACAUUUGCCGAGAAGGAAAUCACAGGCCGAGAUGAACCCACAAAGCGCGGUCCGACAGCAAUGGCUCAGAAGCAUGCGGGCGAGCCGAUCAACAGUCAGAACUUACAUGAUAUUACUGAAGGCGAGAAGAAGGUCACCGGCGGUGAGCCCAUCAAGGGUGGGCCGACCGCGACGGCUCAAAGUGAGCUUGGGAAGAGUCGCAACUCUUAG